AUGCAGCUCAUGGACUUGGCAUGGCAGGUGCACCUGGGCCCAAGCUCCUUCCCGCUGCCGCCAAAAGUCAUCGAUACCCUCGAUGACACUAACAUUUUCUUGACUUCACCUCACCAUUACUCCUGGAAGCCAUGCACGCCGGUGUCAUUCGCGAUUAUGAGCAACAGCGACUGA